AUGGGCCGGGCCAGCUUUGCGCUGGCCGUUUCUUUGGCCCGGCGCUUCCCCAAGAGCCGCGCCGGGCGGCGUCGAAGCGCUGUGGCGAGUGAGAAGGCCAGCGAGGAGAAAGAGGAGUCCUGGCACCGCAUCUACGCGCCACCCGUGCGGCUGAAAGACCACAGGUCGCAUCGCUUCGCGGUGGACGAUCCAGAUGGGCUGAAGCACCUGCGGGACGAAGGCUAUGUGGUCUUCCGCGAGGCCCUUGGCCCGGAAGAGGUGGAGCACGCCACUGACCUCUUUUGGAAGUACAUGGGCCUCUCCACGCAAGGCAAAGUGUGUCGCGAAGAUCCCUUGUCGUGGCAAAGCCCGAAUUGGCCUGGCCAAUGCUACAACGGCCUUAUCAACAGCGGUGGCGUGGGCCAGUCCGAGUUCAUGUGGUACGUCCGCACGCGGCAGAGAGUUCUGGAAGCCUUUGCCAGCCUCUGGCAAGUGGAGCCCGCAGAUCUCCUGGCGAGCUUCGACGGCUGCUGCGCCUUCCGGCCAGAUGCCAGGUCUCGCACUCGAGGAGGCUGGUUCCACACGGACCAGAACGGGCUGACCACUGGCAGCGACUUUGCGUGUGCCCAAGGCCUCGUGUCGCUGACACACAGUGACGCAUGCACUGGGGGCUUUGCGGUGAUCCCGCGGUCACACAAGCACCACGCCAAGAUCUUCGAGCGAUGGCCAUUGGAGCGCGAGAACGACUUCUUUGUGCUGCCUCGCAGCGACGAGAUGCUGAAAGCACCCUGGGAGCCCCACCUGGUGCAGAUGCGCGCGGGCGACCUGGUCCUUUGGGACAGCCGCCUCAUCCACUGCAACGUGCCCGCCUGGCACCGCUUCGACGAGGCGCCGCUGUCAGAGGCCCUCAAGUCGGCCGGCCUGGAGAAAGCGCAGCAGGCGCUGCUUCCGGAGCUGACGAGCGUGGCGGAUGCCGCCUGGACCUUCGCCGCGCACGAGGCCAACUUGGAGGAGCUGUUCGCCUCCUGGGGCCUGGCGCCGCCGCUUUUGCCGCAGGUGGCGCAGCAACUGCGGGCCUGGGCAGAGCAGGUGGCGGAGGAACAGGCAGCUUUGGCACCACCGCAUCGCCUGAGCCGCCUGGCUGCCUACGUCUGCUUCGCACCACGCCCGGCACCUGAAGACAGAGGCGCUAUGAGGAUGCGACUGGCAGCAGCGCUGCUGGGGGCAACAACUUCACACUGGCCAACUCGGUGUGUGGUGUCAGACACGGCGCUCUCCCGCGAGGGCUUGGCGAACUUCAAGGACCUGGACGGCGUGGCGCUGCGUCUCCUGGGCUGUGAGGCCAAAGACGCCGCCACCGCCCGGGGCGAGCUGCGGACCGUGCUGCGGACUUUGCUCCAGAGGUGUGACGGUGCGCACCUUCAGCAACUGGCAGCCAUCGAAGCGGAGCUUUAG